CCAUUUACAAGUUAAAAGAUUCCCCGCUGAUAUUCUAAUGCUGGUUCAUGCUCUUUCUAAUCUUCCUUAUCCUUAUGUGGAUGAAGCUGUAGUUACUCAAAUUGAUGCCAUCAUACCUCAGUGCAAUCUGAGUCAGCUCAAUCGCUUUACCAUAGAUCUCCUAAAAUGGAUGAAACAUCAGAAGCCAAAUCAGAAAAGUUAUUCUGGACCAUACAGGUCACUUUUGCAAAAAAUUAACAGUUGCGCAUUUCAGAGACUUGAGGAAAUAAACAAUUUGGAUCUUUUGCUGAAGGAAUUCAGAUACAUACAUGGAAAAUGGUUUCAAGAAGUGCUUCUCGAGAAGACCAUAAUUACUUUACGUCAGUUGAGAGAUCAGAUUACAUGGUCAAAUGUAGUGAAGUUUGCAUCCUUUCUCCUUGGAACCAACUACCGCUGUACACUAUUACUUGACAGAAUAGCUGCGGUUACCACUGAACAUAUCGAUCAGAUCUAUUAUUCAGAAGUACAUGUUAUUCUUGCUCUAUUUUCUUUAUUUAAUUAUGAACCCCCUGAAGCUGAGAAAUUUUUUGAGGCUUGCAUUAAUCAUAUCUGUCUUCACUUGGAACAUUUUGAACCUUCUCUUCUUGUAUUGCUUGGUUUUGCUUUGGCUUCUGCUGGGUAUUUUCCACAGAAAGUGAUAAAGGCUAUAUUUAAUAUUGAAUUUCUCUCCAAAUUGGAUGCUGAGCUUCAAA